UCCUACUCCACGCGGGAUGGCCGUGUUGAGCACCAGGCAGCCAGGCUGCAGCUGAGAGCCGGCGGUUCUGAAUUUCUCAAUGAAAAAAGAUGCUCACAUGUUCCUAUUACCCGAGCUCAAAGUACACUGCACCGCUGCGGAGAUUGCUGGGGUUGUAAGAUUACCUCGCUUGGUGGAGUCCGGUUUAAAAGAGCUUCUAUUUGUUUGCGGCAGCAUUUUCUUGGAAAACGACCUAACAGGCUAAUUUGCCGUACUGUUGAUCACCAACCCCUGAUGCUAUAAAGAACACACAAAAAAAAAACGCUUGGCAAGGAGGACGGAGGGGACGGAUUCAGUAAUUGUGCUCAAGGACAGCGGAUGCUGAAUUGUUGGUGUGCUGUACUACUCUCGCUAUUUAAUGCAUUACGAAAUAUGCUCAAGGCGUCACCUAAUUUUUCUGUGUGCAAAAGAAUCGUUCAUUCAGCAAUUAAGAAGGACUUUUUUACUAGUCUCCAUCUAAGUUUUGGUGCAUUUAUUUAUUUAUGGUGCUGCGGGGAAUGGCUUGUGCAUUUGGGUCGGAGUGGCUAAAAUACCAUAAGCAACCCGCGCUAUUUGGGGGGUUUCCUUCUCCACAGUCCUUGAACGCGUCGGAUAGCCUCUGCAGUCCCUCCGUCCCCGCCCCCCUCGCCGCGAUGGGAGCACCUUAAGCGGGAUCCCCGUCCUCCUUGGCUCCGGACCAGCGGCGGCUCGGGAGGGGAAAGGAGCUGAGCUGGGACCGAGGGAGCCGGGAUCGGGGGACUGGUUUUGAUACUGCGGGUCUGCGAUGUCAAGAAAGCAGGAUGUUCUCUCCUGAGGUCGAAACUGACACCGCUGCGGAAGACACAGCGCCGAGCACCCCAAAUGAAGGCGAGGAUACCCCCGCGAGCAUCGACGUCUUGGAAGAGCAGCGGCCAGUGAAGCAGUCUCUGAGCGCCUCAAUGUGCCGCGAGUCACACUGGCGCUGUCUACUGCUCUCGCUGCUGAUGUACGGCUGUCUAGGCGCAGUCGCAUGGUGCCAGCUGACGCGAGUCACCAAGCUGAGCUUCGACUCCUCAGCCACCUCCUCUUUGACGGCGUCCAUCUCUUCGCUGCGGGGGGGUAACAUGGGGGGCCGCUCCAUGAUCUACCAUGACAGCCCAUGCUCGGACGGCUACGUCUACAUCCCCCUGGCCUUCCUGCUCAUGUUGUACGCGGUGUACCUGGUGGAAUGCUGGCACUGCCGCGCUCGAAGCGAGCUCCAGUGCAAAGCAGAUGUGGACAGCGUGUACGAGAGGGUCCUGCGCAUGCGGCAGGCGCGCCCCUGCGUUUGGUGGAAGGCCAUCAGCUAUCACUUCGUCAGGAGGACGCGCCAGGUUACCCGCUACCGCAAUGGAGAUGCCUACACCACUACGCAGGUCUACCAUGAGCGGGUCAACACCCACGUGGCCGAAGGCGAGUUUGACUACAGCCGCUGUGGGGUAAGAGAUGUGUCAAGGGACCUCAGAGGGCUCGAGGGGCACCCCGCUACCAGGCUGAGAUUCACCAAGUGCUUCAGUUUUGCCGGUGCAGGGCCCGAGAACGCCUAUCUCAACCAGCGUGCCAGAUUCUUCUCCGAAAUUGAAGGGCUGGAUGACUACAUGGAAGCCCGGGAAGGAAUGCAGCUAAAAAACGUAGAUUUCAAAGAACACCUGAUAGCUUAUGUGGACCCUGACCGGCCUCCUUGGUAUGCCUCUCACGUGGCAUUCUGGUUGGCUGCUUUGCUCAUGCUGUCCUGGCCGCUUCGUGUCUUGAUUGAAUAUCGCACGGCUUAUGUGCACUACCACGUGGAGAAACUCUUUGGACUGGAGUUCAACAACAGCGCUGCCUCUCCUUCAGGGGAUGACAUACCCCUGAGGAAUGGUAACUAUGGUCUUCCCAGAGCAGAAACCGUGGACAGCACCGAGCUCGAAUGGCAUAUCCGAUCCAACCGUCAGCUUAUCCCCAGCUACUCUGAGGCCAUGUUGAUGGAUCUGGGAGGCUCUGGUUCUGGUUCUGGAGAAACUGGAUCAUCCACGUGCUUCCUGCGUGACAGUUACCCUGCUAGGAGUUAUGGGGCAUUGGUCCAAGACUGUGAGCAGUGCUGCCAGCUCCAGGACGGGCAGAGACAAGCAGCUACCAGCUCCAGCUGCUCCUCCAUCUUCUCGCGGCACGCCUUCCACUCUCGCCUCUCUCUGGACACCUCCCGGUUCUCGCUGUGCCGCAUGUAUGGCUCUCGGCGCACCAUGGGGCUUUGGCGGAGCCGGAGCAGCACGCUGACCGAGCGAUGCUGCUUGGAUGAGCAGUGCUGCCGCUCCUAUUCCAGCCAGCUGGCGGUAAAUGACAGCCCCCCGACUUACCGCGACGCCAGGUUUUUCCCUGUCCUCAUUGUACACCGUCCAGAGGGCUGUGGGGACUCUGGGGAGGUGCGCCGGUACUAUGUCCGCAGAGGAUCCUGCUGCCUGGAGACUUCACUUUAAGACCCCCGGUGAGCUGCUGCUUCUUACUGCUCACCCUCGGAAGGACAUUCAUCUGUAAGGCACAUUUCAUAGUAUAUCCCAUCCAGAAACCAAUCCAGGAAGCUCUGGGUAGGUCUACUAAACAUCUAGAGACCAUCCUAACAAACUGGGGCCUCACUGUGUGAACCCAGGUUCUCCUGCUUCACUUGGAAUCCUGCUGGCUUCUUGGGGUGGGCCUUUUUUGAUGAGGACUCAUGGGCAGAUUCAAAACAAGAACCCCAACAAAACCGCCCAGAUUCUGGAGCACCUUCUAUCAUUGCCAAGGAUCUCACAAGGUGCUCUAUAUGAUGAUUAAAAGCGGGAUGCAGCAACAAAAGAGUUCCACCCUAAAGUCCCGAUCUCUGAUUGAGCUUUCACAUGGCACACCUCAUCAAGAAUGAUCUCUUCUCAUAGCUGCCAGAGAAGAACAGUUGUUCAGAAUAACUACUGUGAUAUUCCUCCCUCCAACUAUUGGACUUGACCUCACCCUGAUUACCGCUUAACAAAGACAACCAGGGACAUUUCAUUGUCAGAUCCCGCCUGGAAAUUCCUUACUGGUGCCUCUUGACCAGAACAAUAACUAAAAAUGUACUCUGCUGCCAAAUGUUUACACAUUCAUUUUCCAGUAGAACUGUUCCCCUGUCUCCUCUCUUGGCACUAAUGUUAGAAAAGAAUCCUAUAGACAAUACAUAUUAAUAAGAUGCUCCAGUGAUCUGCCACCCAAGUGUGAAAGACAUCUGUCCCCUGAACUGACUCUGCCUAGUGAGAGUACACAGAUAAAGAUCUUUCAUCUGUGAACUUCAUCCUGAGAUACACUUUAAUUUGUUUGCCUCAUCUGUAGGUUUCUGAACUGUUUUCUCUUAUUCAGAGCUCUCUUACAUUCUGAAUGAGUCAUUACCCAUGGUACAUCUCCCUGUCUCCCUCUGGAGACACAGGCGUGCUGUUCCUGAAGCCAGGCAUGGAAAUUCUGCUCUUGUUUUUCUCAUGUUUCCCAUUUUCAUCAGUGCAAAUUAAUGUUGUUCCUAUAUCCUGGAAUGUAGACAAAAAAAGAUGGCAAAGGUCAAGUCAACUUUUUUAGUAUCUUAUGCUUCAUAAUAAUCCCUAAUCAGCUGUUUCUAAUCUUUCAACUUGUCCAGCAUUGUUCAAAUACUUUUUAUUCACUUGCCAAGUUUGGAAAAUCAGGUGCAGGAGAGUUUUAUCUUUUAGACAUCAUCUUGCAUUUGCGGUCUAUAGAAAGUACAGUGUCGAGAAAAAGUUGAAAAAGUUUAAUCAAAACCUGUUUUUUCUGAAGUAAACAAAUGGUUUAUAUUGACCAAUUCAGUGUUUUUUUACAUGCAAUGGUAUAAAGUUGAAAGAAUGAGUAGUUAAGAAUCAGUGUAUGUGAAAUAAUAAGUGAACCCUUAUUUAGUUCAAUUAAGGUGGUAAUUAGAAUAAGGUGGUUAAAUAAUUGAAUAACAAGUAAGAAAUAAUAUAUAAUGGUUAGAAUCUUUGUGAGUUUUAUCUUCACCAUACAAGUUAGUGGAAGUAUGUUAUGUCAUUAAAAGAAAUUUCGGAAGAGUUCAGAAAUAAAAUGAGUCUAAUCAGAUGUCUGAACAAGCUCCCUCCAUCCCCUGUCAGAUAGAUAGUCUAUUAACGGAAGACCACAGUGAGUGGUCAUCCCUUCUCCUUCAGGCAAGAGCUCCUGGAUGAUCCACAAGAUUUCUGGAACUAUGUUCUCUGGUCAGUUAAGUCAAGAGUUUUUUGGCCACAGUGAGAAAAUCUAGAUAUUCAUGUGAGACUGAUAAUACAUUACAGGAAACCUCUAGCUGAUGUCACUGCUGUUCAGGGAGGUGCCACCAACUACUGAAUCUAAGGGUUCACAUACUUAUUCACAUUAGAAUAUUAAUGGUUGGAUCAUUAAUUAAAUUUAAUAGUUGAGUAAAUAAUCCAAACAUAUCUUACGUCUUUGUGUUAGAUAGUUAAUACGGUUACCUUGAUCUUUUAUUAAGACUCACAGAAGAUCUUAUUAUAUGUUAUGAGAAUCUAAAUUUUUUGUGAGCUGUCAAACAUCCAUGACAAUGCAGACUAAACUAAUGGGUUCAAAAUAUUUUCUCGGCACUGUAUAGAUGGACUUGUCCUCAAGAGUUUAAUUUGUGUUUUGGAAUAUCAGGUUUGGACCAGGGAGAACUGGUCACAUAUGCUCACAUCUGCUCUUAACAUUUGUAUCAUAAUGUUUGAGGUGAAGUGACACAAAAAACAAUCUGAUCAUGAACAUCCUGUAUAGUUAUCCCAAAACAUGAAGAUCCAGAACGACUCCUUGUGGGUUUGUAAGGCUUAAUGAUCCUCACUAAAUGUGUGUUUCCACUGAGACUCCUAACAAACUCCCCACUUAUUUUAUAAGUACAGGAAUUAUAACAAUCUACUGAUCACUUACCUUUAUGUUAUGAUUGCAGAGAAUACAGGGACAGAACAAGUAAAUGUAGAUUAUUUUGAUGGUCCUGGUUGGGUUUUGGAUUAAAAGGCUACAACAUUAAAAGGCCUUUCCUCUUUGAAAGAAACUGAAGAAUUUAAAGCAGUGCUACAGAUAGAAGUUGUUACCAUCACAAAGCCUUCUCCUUCUACAUGGGCUUUCCUGAAGUACUGCUUCUCUCUUUUCUUUGGUCUACUGUUUUCUUGUCUGCAUCAGUGCUGACUGUCCACUGCAAGACAGUAGCACUCUAGUUUUGAUCCAUUCUUAGCUUAGAUACAUUUUCCUACGUUCUUGAGAAUCUGAAAUCGCUCAAAGAUCUAGGAAAUUGCUCAAAUAUAAUAAAUUAGAAAGGUUAUUUGCUGUAACUUUAAAAUGUGGUAUAUACUAUGUAUCUGUAAUUUUAUUUUUAUCAGAAUAAUGUCUUUCAACAUUUCAUUUCUUUCUGUUUUUGGCCUGUUAAUUUGUCAUUGCUUUCAAUGAAUCAAAUCUUAAACUACAUGGUUCAGAAAAAAGAAAGGAGAUCUGAAGUGUAGAGAGAAUGAGAUAGACAAAUUCUAUUAUAUUUUGUGCUCCAAUUAUAAUCCCCUUUAAUCUACAUUUGUAGUAACCCAUCUGUUGUUCUAUCCCUUAUGUAUGGAGGGACAUGAAGUACAAGACAAUGCCUUAGUGAAUUAUGAUGCUAAUCAAGUUUUUUUUAACUUGCAAUCCAAGCUACCUUCCCUAAUUAAAGUUGAAUGUACUCUUUCA